ACUGUCGCUAUAGCUUUUGCAGUGCCCACAGGCUACACUCACUGCACUCACUACACUCAACGGACUUACAGCUACGCCGAAGCGAUCAAGAGUCAUGUCGAAAUACGACGCACCAGCAGGCCCGCCCCCAGGCUAUCCUCAACAGCCUCCACAAGCACACUAUGAUGCUGGGCCAGUGGGCGAUCCACGAGGAGAGAACGCAGGAUAUUACGGCUCGCCUCCUCCGCAACAAUACGGCAGCCCGCAACCAUACAACCAACCGUACGGUCCACCGCCAGGACAAUAUGGCCAACAACCCAUGAUGUAUCAACAACAAGGGCCUUACCCACCCCAGGGCGGCUACUACGGAGGGCCGCCGCAAGACAGAGGCGCGGGAGCGGGAGGAGGUGCAGGUUGCUGCGCAGGUAUAAUGGCUGCCAUGGCUUGUUGUUGUUGUUUGGAUGUGCUAUUUUAGAGCAAGACGAAGCGAAGACGUGGAAAAGUCACCCAGACGAGACACUGAAGCUGUGCGCAUCACUUGCGAGGCGUUAAGAGGAGCAGCAGGGUGCAUGGUGUUGAUAGGCGUCCGGGGAGAGCGGAUGGGGGAAGAGAGGCGGGUAGUAAUGCUUAUAAUGGUUGUUGCAGGCUUGCUUCGGGCUGUUCUGUAAUUCAUUCUUGUCCAAUUCAGCCGCGGUCUCAUGG